AAGGUUUUUCUUCUUUCUUGGUCCAUUUCUAGAAACAGGGAAAAUCAUCUGUGCUUGAUGUUCAUAGUUCUGUCGGCGGUGAUAAUCUAAGAAGGGAAUAACGCGUACGCUUUAUCCUCAGGCGUCGUUUUGGGAAUGCAGAUUGAUAUCUAGAGUAUGGGAAAAUCUGCUGCAGAUGAAAAGAUUCUCAGUUACAAUGAUGUUGUGCUCAGGCAAUCAGACUUGGAAAUCCUCAGUGGUCCAUAUUAUUUGAAUGAUAGAAUCAUUGAGUUUUAUUUCAGUCUCCUAUCUUCAAGUCAUCCUUCACAGGACAUCCUAUUGCUUUCACCAUCAAUUGCUUUCUGGAUAGCUAACUGUCCUGAUGUUGGUGGUCUCAAAGAUUUUUUGGAACCCCUUAAACUGCCAGAUAAGAAAUUGGUGAUAUUUCCUGUCAAUAAUAAUGAUGAUGUGAGCGUAGCUGAAGGUGGAAGUCACUGGAGCUUACUUGCAUACUGCAGAAGUGCUAAUGUCUUUGUUCAUCAUGAUAGCAAUGGGCAGAUGAAUAAGAGGCAUGCCAUGAGGCUGUUUAAAUCUGUUGUUGGUUUUGUCGGGGACUCCAGUUCAGCAUGUAAUGCCAAGUAUCUGGAAUGCAUUGGCACGCCACAGCAAGUUAAUGGUUAUGAUUGUGGCUUAUACGUUACAGUGACUGCAAGAACAAUACACUGCUGGCAUGAAAGCAGUGAAAACAAAGAUGCUACUGAUUUGUGGUUGUCUGCUGUAAAGGAGCAGGUAACUCCAUCAGUGGUCAGUGAGAUGAGAAAGGAGAUACUGGGGCUGAUUAAGGAUCUAAUGGCGAAGAAAUAAGAUAUCUAAUUCAUAAGUUAAAACCAAAAAAUGGGAUCACCAUGCAAGAAGAUGAAGUUCAUUCCAGAGAUCUUAUUUGAAUUUCAGGUUCCCUUUCAAUAUCGGAGACCUGGUGUGUUUUCUGGACAGCGGAUUAAGCAGUGACUGACUGCAAAUUAAGCAGUAAAUGAUGGCAGCCAUAUGCAUAGCCUAUUUGAUCUGCUAAUUAAGCAGCAACUGAUGGCAGUCAUAUGCGUGGCCUAUUUGAUUCAUUUGUUCUCGAUUGUUGAAUUCUUGAAGAUGACAUUCAUGUAGCAGUGCACCCUUAAGAGGAAUGUAAGAAGGUAAGGGAUGAACCAUUUGUCCAAGAUAACCAUGCAAAACACAACUUUGGAGUAAUAUUUUUAAAAAAAUUAUUAAAUAUUUAAAAAAAUUUCAAGUAUUUAUUAUUUUAUUAUUUCAAUCAAGUUUUUAUAUUUUUAUAA